AUGGGUGUCUCUGAGCCUUCUGCAGCAAAAUUCAGCGUGGAGAGGAUAAUUCUGGAUAAAACUAACCUGGAUGAAGUAGCUGGAUGGCAGAGUGAAAUACAAGGGCCCUCUUUAAAGGAGAAGAUCCGUGACUCGGUAAGGUGCUCAGUGGGACGCGUUUGGAUUUGGAUUCUGACUUGGAUUCCCGUUCUCUCCUGGAUUCCCUGUUAUUCCAUUCAGGAAAAUGCUCUCGGUGACCUGGUUUCGGGUGUCAGUGUGGGAAUCAUGCACCUGCCUCAGGGCAUGGCGUAUGCUCUUCUGGCCUCUGUUCCACCUGUCUUCGGUCUGUACACCUCCUUCUAUCCCGUACUGGUUUACUUCAUCUUUGGCACCUCUAGACACAUCUCAAUAGGAACCUUUGCUGUAAUCAGCAUCAUGAUCGGAAGCGUCUCAGAGCGACUGGCACCUGAUGAUUACUUCAUUAUCAAUGGGACAAACGGAUCAGUCAUUGUGGAUACAGAAUCAAGAGAUGAGCUACGGGUAAAAGUGGCCGCAGCUACGACAUUACUGUGUGGCAUCUUUCAGAUUUUGUUGGGUCUCAUUCGGUUCGGGUUUGUGGUGACCUAUCUCUCGGAGCCACUAGUUCGGGGCUACACGACAGGUGCAGCCACACAUGUGAUCAUCUCUCAGCUUAAAUACAUGUUUGGACUGUCUCCUCGACGAUUCACUGGACCCCUGCAGCUGCUUUAUACUCUUUUGGACCUGGGCAGUUUAUUGCCCCAGACUCAUGUUCCUACUCUGGUGGUCAGUCUGGUGUCUCUCACAGUUCUGAUCAUUGUCAAAGAGAUCAACUCCUGCUACAGUCACAGACUACCUCUCCCUAUACCAAUAGAGCUUAUGGUGAUUAUUUCAGUGACUCUUGUUUCACAUUAUAUUGAUCUCAGAGAUGUUAAUGGUGUUGAUGUGGUAGGAGAGAUUCCAAAUGGACUGUCGCCGCCCACCGUCCCAGAGAUGUCUUUAUUUUCCUCGAUUGUUGGGGACGCGUUUGCUGUAGCUGUGGUGGGAUAUGCCAUUAACAUUUCUCUGGGAAAGACUUUUGCUCUCAAACACGGAUAUAAAGUAGACAGCAAUCAGGAAUUGGUAGCAUUGGGGCUCAGUAACACCAUUGGUGGAUUCUUUCAGUGUUACUCUGUCACCUCCUCCAUGUCUCGCAGUCUUGUCCAGGAGAGCACUGGGGGGAAAACACAGAUCGCUAGUGUGAUAUCUGCUAUUAUUGUACUCAUUACUGUUUUGAAGCUUGGCCCACUUUUUGAGGAGCUACCCAAAGCUGUGCUGUCCACCAUAGUGUUUGUGAAUCUGAAAGGAAUGUUCAUGCAGUGUCGUGAUAUUCCUGCCCUGUGGAGAAGAAACAGAGUGGAUCUGCUGGUGUGGCUUGUGACGUUUUUCUGCACUAUACUUUUGAAUCUGGAUCUGGGUCUUGUGGCGUCUAUUAGCUUCAGUCUUCUCACUGUGAUCUUCAGGACCCAGUGUCCACGGUAUUCUUUACUUGGUAGGGUGCCAGGCACAGAGCUCUACUUAGAGACAGACUCAUAUAAGGAGGCCAAAGAAAUCUCAGGUAUCACCAUUUUCCGUUCCUCUGCUACGAUCUACUAUGCUAAUGCUGAACUCUAUCAAGAAGCCCUACUGGAGAAGAGUGAAAUCAAUGUUCCAAAGCUGCGCAAGCUGAAAAGGAUGAAAGAGGAGGAGGAGAAAAAGAGGCAAACGAAGAAAGAAGAUAAACAAAGUGGCAUCCUGAGAGAGUUAGCAAACAAAAUGAUGGUCUCUUUGAAGAAUGUAAGCGACCGUCGCCACGGAACUGACUGUGAACGCAUUAUCAAUGACAACGGGAUAGCAACAGUAACCCACAGUAACAUAAACUGGGGCUUUCAGUCUGAGCAGGACUCUGAAAAUGCAGAAAAACACUCCAUCAUCCUGGACUUCACUGCUGUCAGUUUUAUCGACACUGUCACCCUGAACACACUGACAAAUAUAUUUCGGGAUUUUGCAGAAGUAGAUGUCACUGUUUACCUUGCUGGAUGUCAAGUGUGUGUAGCAGAGCAGUUGGAGCGAGGGGGAUUUUUCUCAGGCUCGGUCACCAAAAGUCAACUUUUCCCAUCCAUCCACGAUGCUGUGCUUUACUGUCUGUCAAAGUCUAAGAGAGAUCUGGCCAGCUCUGAGUUUUCACAGGACAUGCCCUGCAUCACCCGGUUGUGAACAGCAGAUGUCAGGACCUGCAAAACCCCAUAAUGCAGAUGGAUGCAAUACUGGUAAAACUGUGUGUAAGUUGCAAG